UAUUAAACUGCGCUGUCGACAUCCGAAGAUAGAAUUUGAAACACGGCGUCGUCAUUAAUCGCGAGGACUCUAUCAGACUUGAAAACUGAAGAGAUCCAAGAAAAUAAUAUCCAAACGGUCCGGUACCCAACGCAACCGUAGACCGCACGGUUGUACAGCAUUUCAGCCAAUGGACGCUUGGUCGUGGUCCGAAUAAUGAGGAGCGCUUGAGGGAGAAGAGAGAACAGUGCGAUACACACUGCGGUCAAAGUAUAGAGAAACAGUGGGAAGCCCCAGUCACGUGACAAAGGAGCCCAUGCCAUUGGACAAGGGUACAAAAGCCCUCGUAGUUUAAAAUCUUCACAAUGCAGAAAGCCACUUAUUAUGAUAACGCUGGACUUUUUGGAGGUUACUCAUACCCUAAGUCUGACUCGUAUACGUAUGGGCCUGCACACCAGUCCUACCCCACUUCCAGCAUCGAGAAUGACUAUCAAGGCCCAAUCUGCUCCAUUCAAACUAGCACGGUGCGGCCGCCGGCGCACAAAAACAGCGACAUCAGUGGCAGCUGUAUGCGACCAAGUGGCAGCCAGGGCAGCCAACCAGAGAAUGUUGGUGACCAGCAACAAGCGCCUCCUUUAGCAGCCACCUCGCCUAACUCCAACAGCACCACCACCCAGAAAAAGAAAUCUCCCAGCAACAAUGGCUCCAACACUGCCACCCCAGUCAUCACCAAGCAAAUAUUCCCAUGGAUGAAGGAGACACGUCAGAACUCAAAACAAAAAAGCACCAACUGCACGGCUCCAGGAGAGACCUGCGAUGACAAGAGUCCCCCUGGACCGGCCUCCAAGCGGGUGCGCACUGCCUACACCAGCGCCCAGCUCGUGGAACUCGAGAAGGAGUUCCACUUCAACCGCUAUUUGUGCCGUCCCCGAAGAGUCGAGAUGGCUAAUCUACUCAAUCUCACUGAGCGCCAAAUAAAGAUCUGGUUUCAAAACAGGAGGAUGAAGUACAAGAAGGAUCAGAAAUCCAAGGGCAUAAUGCACUCUCCCUUAGGACACUCUCCGGACAGAAGCCCGCCGCUAAGUGGCCCCAAUCACGUUGGAUACUCUGGUCAGCUUCCAAAUGUAAACAGUCUCAACUACGACGCGCCGUCGCCUCCGUCCUUUGCCAAGCCUCAGCAAAACAUGUACGGCCUGGCUGCGUACACGGCGCCGUUAGGCGGCUGUAUACCGCAGCAGAAAAGAUACCCGGGUACCGAGUACGAGCACCACAGCAUGCAGGGGAACGGAAGCUUUGCCAACGCUAAUUUGCAAGGGAGCCCCGUGUACGUCGGGGGGAAUUUCGUUGAUUCUAUGCCAGCCUCGGGCCCUAUGUUCAACCUCGGCCAUCUUCCUCAUCCCUCAUCCGCCAGUGUGGACUACAGCUGUGCCGCUCAGAUCCCGGGCAACCACCAUCACGGACCGUGUGACCCUCACCCCACAUACACAGACCUCACCUCUCACCACGCUUCUCAGGGAAGGCUGCAGGAAGCGCCGAAGCUAACGCAUUUGUAAGGAUUUGGUGUGCGCGUGUGCCCAAGCGAAGUGUCGCUUUUUAUUACCUCACAAGUUAAAAAAAAGUAAUUUAUAUAACUACACUCCGAGAGAGAGACAGACAUAACGUAUUACCCCUGUACUAUUAUUGAUAUUACUAUUACUGCUAUGACUGUAAUUAUUUUUUAAGCUGUGGUCCAUUUCUCUUGACUGUUGGAGAUGCGCAAGAGUGUUUGUUGUCAGUCGUUUGAGAUCUUGAGAGAGCAGUGCGCAAUAUGAAGGCAAUUCAUAUCUUAUUACUUGAAGGUAAGUCCUGUAGAUUUUACAAUAUUAGACACCCAUCUUUAUAGGGAUGGAAUUUGUAGGGAAAAAAAGAAGAAAUCAUUGCCAUUGUUAAGUCGUCUGUUUAGUCAUUGGUACCUAUGAAUCUGUUCACACUAAAAGUGUCACUAUUAUUUAUUAUUUUCUUCUGAGAUUGUAUGGACAACAUUUAUCCCUAUUGAGUAUUUAUUAUUUAUCAGUUUUGUAACGCACAUUAUUUAUCUUUUCAUGUGGACUAUUUAUAUGGACUAUUGUAGAAUUUAUGCAUCAGAACUGAACAGACUGCGUGGGCUCUGUCAUUCUCCAAUUUCAAACAAAGUGAUAAUAUGUGACUGGUGUAUUUCUGUUUAUUGUUUUUUUUUCCUGUAUCAGAAAACUUAAAAUCUGAAGACGACACAUCUAAACAUUUUGUUUUAUUGCAAUCGAGAACCUGGCACUUGACACUUUUUUUUUUGGGGACAAUGCUUAAAUGUUUUAGGCUAGCUUAAAAACACCAGCACGUCAUUUUACCAUCUUUGCCCUCAUCACUCUUAACAAAUAUUAUUUUGUAAGUGAACAGUCCACAUACACAAACACACACACAC